AUGAAGGAGAAGCCAUCAUGUGCAUCGUGCAAGCAUCAAAGAAGACGGUGUAAUGCUUACUGCCCACUGGCACCAUACUUCCCACACGAUCGCCUUGCUCAGUUUCUCAACGUACGCAAACUGUUCGGCGUCAGCAAUGUCCUUAGAAUCAUCAAGGAUCUUGAACCACAGCAGAGGGACGAUGCCAUGAGGACCAUCAUCUUUGAGGCUGAAGUGAGGGCCAGAGAUCCCGUCAGGGGCUGCCUCGGUGUCAUCGAGGACCUCCAGAGGCAGAUCAACUGGUCAAGGGCGGAGCUGGAGGUGACUCUUGCCCAUCUUCGUACUGUCAAGCAGCAGCGACAGACCAAUCAUGGCAUUCCGGCGGCUGCCCACCUUGGUGGCUUCCCGGUUGGCUCCUUCUCGUCGAACCGACUCUACGGUAUGCCCUUGAAUCCGCUGCUGCACACGGACGGUGGUCGUGCUGGACAUGGCGGUCGUAACAUGGCUGGGGGCGUCGGCAUAGAUAUAUGA